AUGGACCACAUUGAGGGCUCCAGCAUCCACUGCCUCGCCAUUCUAGGGCUGGUUCCCGGACAAGCACAAAUAGAGGAUUUGUUGUUUCAGGAGCCAGUGACCUUCCAAGAUGUGGCAGUGGUCUUCACGCAGGAGCAAUGGGCUUCCCUGGACCCUUCACAGAAGGAGCUGUACCGGGUUGUGAUGCUGGAGACCUACAGCAACCUGCUCUGUCUGGAGAAGCUUUAUGAGUGUAAUCAAUGUGGGAAAGCCUUCCACCGGAGAGGUCAGCUUACGCAACAUCAGAAAAUUCAUACUGGAGAGAAACCUUUUGAAUGUAAUGACUGUGGGAAAACCUUCCGCCUAAGAGAACACCUUACUCGACAUCAGAGGAUUCAUACAGGAGAGAAACCUUAUGAAUGUAAUGAAUGUGGGAAGGCCUUCCAUCUGAGAGAACUCCUGACUCUCCAUCAGAGUAUUCAUACUGGAGAGAAACCUCAUAAAUGUAAAGAGUGUGGAAAAGCCUUCAGCCAGAGAGGACAUCUUAAUCUACAUCAGAGAAUUCAUACUGGAGAAAAACCUUAUGAAUGUAAUGAUUGCGGGAAGCUCUUUCGUCUGAAAGAACACCUUACUCGACAUCAGAGUAUUCAUACUGGAGAGAAACCUUAUGAGUGCAAUGAAUGUGGGAAAGCUUUCCACCUGAGUACAGAGCUUACUCGCCAUCAGAGGAUUCAUACUGGAGAGAAACCUUAUGAAUGUAAUAAAUGUGGAAAGGCCUUCCAUAUGAGCACAGAGCUCACCAGACAUCAGAGGAUUCAUACUGGAGAGAAGCCUUAUGAGUGUAAUGACUGUGGAAAGGCCUUCCACCUGAGAGAAUACCUUACUCGACAUCAGAGGAUCCAUACUGGAGAGAAACCUUAUGAAUGUAAUGACUGUGGUAAGGCUUUCCGCCUGAGAGAACACCUUACUCGACAUCAGAGGAUUCAUACUGGAGAGAAACCUUAUGAAUGUAGUCAAUGUGGGAAGGCCUUCCACUUAAAAGAACUCCUUACUCUCCAUUGGAGUGUUCAUACUGGAGAGAAACCUCAUAAAUGUAGUGAAUGUGGAAAGGCCUUUAGCCAGAGAGGACACCUUACUGUUCAUCAGCGAAUUCAUACUGGAGAGAAACCUUAUGAAUGUAAUCAAUGUGGAAAGGCCUUCCAUGCAAGAGAGCUGCUCACCCUUCAUCAGAGUAUUCAUACUGGAGAGACACCUUAUAAAUGUAAGGAAUGUGGGAAGUUCUUCAGCCAGAGAGGACAUCUUACUGGGCAUCAGAGAAUUCAUACUGGAGAAAAACCUUAUGAAUGCAAUGACUGUGGGAAGGUUUUUCGUUUGAAAGAACACCUUACUCAGCAUCACAGAAUUCAUACUGGAGAGAAGCCUCAUAAAUGUAAUGAAUGUGGGAAGGCCUUCAGCCGGAGAGAACACCUUACCAGACAUCAGACAAUUCAUACUGGAGAGAAACCUUAUGAAUGUAAUGAAUGUGGGAAGGCCUUUAGCCUGAGAGGAUCACUUACUCGACAUCAGAGUAACAAAUGUCAUCCUGUAUUUGGAAAUUAGGCUAAAGUUUUAUAAGACCUGACUGUGGACAACUACAAAAUUCUGAGAAGUGAGUGAAACAAAAUAAGAGCUAAAUAACUGAGUAGAAUCCAGUAUUCAUAGGUUUUUCUGGUUAACAAAAAUACUUCUCAAAAUAAUUCACAAAUUUCACAGAAUACUCAUAAAAAUAAAUAAAAAUUUUGUAACUGUUUAAACAGUUAUUCAGUUACUGGGCAUGUGCCAAGAUCAGUGGAAAAAAUAAAGGCCCCAUAGAUAACAGCACUUAUAGCAGCUUUGUGCAAUCCAGUGGAACCAAAAAAACCCUAGAAACAAAUUAGGUGUAUGUGUCGGUUAUGUGUCGGCUACACAAAGUUUGGUGUGUGCUUGAGCUGAAAUAUUAUUGUGCCACAAGAAAUGACAAAUAUAAGAAAUUCAUAGGUCUGUGGAAAGAUUGUAUGAAUGCAGAAAAAAGAACCUGAAGAACAUCGGGAAAAUUAUUACAAUGAAAAUGAAACCACUUCCUAAAUGCUGCCAAUUGAUUAUGUGGACAUACUUUGUUCCUAGAGAAAAGAGGAGGAAAUGGACCUCUAGCUUCUGACUUGAAAUGUGGGGGUCUAGGCACAUCAACUGUUGCAUGUACUUUUGGAUGUGGUUGUUUUGGCUUAUGUUUUAUUUAAUUGUUUUAUUUGUCACUAAAGAGGAUUUGAUGUGG